UUCUGGGAUCUUUGCGUCUGCGUACAAUGGCUCCAAGGAAGAAACAGCAGCAGCAGCAGCCGAAGCAGAAGCAAAACAACCGAAAAUCGAAUCCAACUUCCUCCACCUCCGAUUCCCGUUCUUCAACGUCCGGUGCGAAGCUUCAUAUCUCCGCCGAAAACGAGACUCGUCUCCGUCGUCUCCUACUGAGCUCCGGCCGCUCCACUCCAUCGGUCACUCACGCUGAUGAUUCGCUCUCAAAAGUCCAGAAGGUCAAGAAGCUUCAAUCUGUUUACGAGAAGCUCUCAUGCGAAGGUUUUACCAAUGAUCAGAUUGAGCUGGCACUCUCCACUAUCGGGGAUGGUGCUACAUUUGAGGCUGCUCUUGAUUGGUUAUGCUUGAACUUGCCGAGUAGUGAGCUUCCACUGAAAUUUUCAAGUGGAACUUCUCUGCAUGCACAUGCAGGUGGUUCUGUUCGUAUUCUACAGACUGCACAAAAAGACUGCCCUCCCGUGGGAGUCCAAUCUUCUAAAUAUAAAGAUGGAGACAAAGAUAUUCCUGUUAUAUUGAAUAGGCGUAAAGAUGAUGAUAAGCUAGAUUUAUUCCAAUCAUCCCAAGCUGAAUGGAUCAAACAGUAUGUGGAACAGCAAGAAGAGGAUGACUAUGGAACCUGGGAAGAUGACCUGGCUGAUGAAGUUUCUUCUAAGGCUUCUCGAGCAAGGUCUUAUGAUGUUAUUGCGGAAGAGUAUUAUGCUGCACGGUUGGAAGCUGCAAAAGCGAAGGAAGAAGGGGAUAAGAAAAGACAAGAGACAGCUGGCAACACCAUUCGCAAGCUUAAACAGGAGUUGUUUGCUCAAGGGUUAUCAGAUGAUAUGCUGGCUUCUGAAUUUGAGUUUGGAAGGGCGUUGGACAAUGCAUCAAAGGAUGCACCUACGCAGGACCAAAAUUUUGGGGUCAAUCAAACAGACGAUGUUGGUAGUAGUUUGGAUUUAUCAGUGCAUAGAAAUGAAUCUGUUGAUAUAGAUGGGAGGGAUCGGUCAACUUCCAAGGAGAUAUCUGUAGAUCUUAUGUCUUCACAAGAAAAAGAAUCAACUGUUGAUGUGGAUGGGAGGGAUUGUUCAACCCCCAAGGAGAUAUCCGUAGGUCUUAUUUCUUCACAAGGAAAGAAUGACUGUGAAGAGCUUGAAGAUGUGGAGAUCGGUAACUUUUUUGUGGAAGAUGUCGAGACAAAUUCAGAUGUAGCACAGGAAUUACUGGAACUAAAGAAGAAAGAAAAAUUGAGAGAACUUUCCAGCGGGAAGAAUUUGGAGAAAUUAGAUGGCAUAUGGAAGAAGGGGGACCCACUAAAGAUUCCCAAGGCUGUUCUUCAUCAAUUAUGUCAAAAAGCAGGGUGGGAUGCACCAAAAUUUAACAAAAUCCACAGAAAGGAAAAUGUUUUUUUCUAUGCUGUCAACAUAUUGCGUAAAGCAAGUGGGAGAGGUAAAAACCGAAAAGCUGGAGGUCUUAUCACACUUCAGCUUCCCGAUGCUGAUGAGAUUUUUGAUUCUGCGGAGGAUGCCCAGAAUAAGGUGGCAGCUUUUGCUCUUUAUCACUUGUUUCCUGAUGUCCCUGUUCAUCUUGCACUUAUUGAACCUUAUGCCACUCUUGUUAUGCAGUGGAAGGCAGGCGAAUCAACUAGCAAAGUUGAUGACAAUGAGAAGGAUCGAAGGGCUAGUUUUGUUGAUUCUUUGCUCGAUGCGUCCAGUUCUGAUUCUGCUUCUAAAACUUUUGUUGGGAAGAUUGAACAGCUCCAUAUUGAGGAUGACAAGAAACCGACUGUUUCUGAUCUUGACUCACAUUCAUUCGUGGAAAGAUUAAACUCUAAUACGCAGAAUGAAAGUUCCCGUUUAAGACUGGAACAUGAGAAUAAAAAGAAAACUAAACAAUAUCAGGAUAUGUUGAAAAAUAGAGCUGCGCUUCCCGUUGCUUCAUUAAGAGGUGAUAUAUUGCGUCUGCUGAAGGAGAAUAGUGUUCUUGUUGUUUGCGGGGAUACAGGUUCCGGAAAGACAACUCAGGUUCCGCAAUUUAUCCUGGAUGACAUGAUUGAAUCGGGACAUGGUGGACUGUGCAACAUAGUAUGCACACAACCAAGAAGAAUAGCGGCUAUUUCGGUUGCGGAAAGAGUUUCUGAUGAACGUUGCGAACCUUCCCCGGGUACAAAUGGCUCUUUGGUUGGUUAUCAUGUCCGUCUGGAUAGUGCAAGGAAUGCCAAUACAAAACUUCUAUUCUGCACGACGGGCAUUCUUCUGAGACAAAUUGUGGGAGAUGGAAAUUUAACUGGUAUCACUCAUAUUAUCGUUGAUGAAGUACAUGAACGGUCUCUACUGGAUGAUUUUCUCUUAGUUGUUUUGAAGAAUCUGAUUGAGAAACGUUCUGCUGAAAGCUCAUCUCCUCUGAAGGUUAUUCUUAUGUCUGCAACAGUUGAUUCAAACCUUUUCUCCGGAUACUUUGGUAACUGCCCUGUAAUCACUGCAGAGGGAAGGAUGCAUCCCGUGACCACUUACUUUCUUGAAGAUAUAUAUGAAAGUACUGGGUAUCUCCUCGCUUCAGACUCCCCUGCUGCCAUAAGAUAUGAAGUAUCAAGCGGCAAAAAGAAUGCUCCAGUCAAUUAUCGAAGAGGAAAGAAAAACCUCAUAUUAUCUGCAUGGGGUGACGAGGCUUUACUUUCUGAAGCCUGUACGAAUCCUUACUACAAUUUAGAUUGUUAUCAAUCAUACAGUGAGCUAACACAGAAAAAUCUGGAAAGACUAAACGAAGAUGCUAUUGAUUAUGAUCUUCUCGAAGAUUUAGUGAUUCAUGUGGAUAAAACUUUUGAUGAGGGAGCCAUACUUAUAUUCUUGCCAGGAGUGUCAGAAAUUAACUUGUUGUAUGAUAGAUUAGCAGCUUCAUACCAAUUUGGAGGACAGGCUUCUGAUUGGAUCCUUCCUUUACAUUCAUCCAUCGCAUCUGCUGAUCAGAAAAAGGUGUUUUUGCGGCCUCCUCAUGGAAUCCGUAAGGUUAUAAUAGCCACCAAUAUUGCAGAGACGAGUAUUACAAUUGAUGAUGUGAUUUAUGUGAUAGACUGUGGAAGGCAUAAGGAGAAACGUUACAAUCCUCAGAAGAAAUUAUCAAGCAUGGUUGAGGAUUGGAUUUCUCAAGCAAAUGCUAGACAGAGGCGAGGAAGAGCUGGACGUGUGAGACCUGGUAAUUGCUUUUGUUUAUACACACGUCACCGAUAUGAAAAGCUCAUGCGCCCUUUUCAGGUACCAGAGAUGCUCCGGAUGCCCUUAGUGGAGUUAUGUUUACAGAUUAAAUUACUUUCCUUGGGUUACAUAAGGCCUUUUUUAUCAAAGGCUUUGGAGCCUCCUAGAGAAGAGGCUAUGACAUCAGCAAUAUCAUUAUUAUAUGAGGUGGGGGCUCUUGAAGGUGAUGAAGAAUUGACUCCUCUUGGACAACAUUUAGCAAAAUUACCUGUUGACGUAUUGAUUGGGAAGAUGAUGCUAUAUGGUGGAAUUUUUGGUUGCUUGUCUUCCAUUCUCUCAAUUUCAGCAUUUCUGAGCUACAAAUCUCCAUUUAUUUAUCCAAAAGAUGAGAGGCAGAAUGUUGAACGAGCUAAACUGGCUCUUUUGUCUGAUGAGCGACAUGGUUUGGGUGAGUCAUGUAGCAAUGACAAGCAAUCUGACCACCUGAUUAUGGCAACUGCAUACAAGAAAUGGGAAAUACUUUUGCAUCAGAAAGGACCUAAGGCUGCACAGGAGUUCUGCAAAUCAUAUUUCUUAAGCAGUUCAGUGAUGUACAUGAUAAGGGACAUGAGGGUACAGUUUGGGACAUUGUUAGCAGACAUUGGGCUUGUUGAUCUUCCCAAAAAAUCUCGUUUUGAUAGAGUAAGGAAGGAGGACCUUAAUGGCUGGUUUUCAGAUUCGUCCCAACCAUUCAAUAUAAAUUCAGAUCAUCCAUCAAUUGUAAAGGCAGUAUUAUGUGCAGGACUAUAUCCGAACAUUGCUGCUGGUGUGGCAGGAAUUACUGAAGCGGCUCUUAGUAGCCUUGGGCGGUCCUCUGGUCCUGCUACCACAGCUCGUCCAUCGUUGUAUGAUGGUAGAAGAGAAGUAUAUAUACACCCAUCUUCUGUCAACAGUAAUCUAAAAACAUUUCAGUACCCCUUUCAUGUGUUCCUUGAAAAGGUAGAAACUAAUAAAGUCUUUAUCCGAGAUACCUCUGUUGUUUCUCCCUACUCCAUCUUAUUAUUUGGUGGGUCCAUUAAUGUUCAGCAUCAGAGUGGAAUUGUCAUUAUAGACGGAUGGUUGAAAUUGACUGCACCGGCCCAAAUUGCUGUACUCUUUAAAGAGCUUAGAUUGACACUCCACUCCAUUCUGAAGGAACUGAUUAGAAGACCUGAGACUUCCAUUGUUAUCAAUAACGACGUUCUAAAGUCUAUAGUUCGUUUGUUGUUAGAAGAAGACAAACCCCUUACAUAGCUUAGUAACAGUAAAGAGUAACACCAACGAUACCCCGAACCAAGACGGAGUGGUUCCAUGCCGAAAUGGUCCUUCCUCCAAAAUUUCUGCUGAAAUCUAAUGGAUGAACUGAUGAGCCAGAUGAGAAACAACACUCAUUUAUAAGGUUGGUCAUUGCUCGAUUUCAAUUCGAUACACUUUUUUGAUAUAAGAAGAGGUUCGAACUAAACUUAGAAGAAAAAAAGGACUGAGGUCCUCACACCACUUUGCCAUCCACCCUAGUUUCAUCCCCGAACUUCUCUAACUUUAACUCUCGAAUUAUGUACCCACUUCGAUUUUUCUAAUAAAAAACAUUGUUGUAUAUUCUAUAUCCA